GUGUGUGAGCGCUACAGAGAGAGAGAGAGAGAGAGAGGGAACAGUCUCCGUUGUCUCAGAGGUUGAAGGAUCAAUAGAGAGGCUUGUUGUGGCGGUUGUGAUUCUGUUCCGUCUGUGUGUCGGAGCUGCAUGGUGUUAGACGGAGGAAUCCUAGUUCCCACAGACCUAUUCCAGCAUGCUCACAGACCCUGAGCUACCUCAGGAGUUUAACAGGAUGUCUUCCAAGCGACCAAUCUCUCCAUAUGGGGGGACAGAUGGAGAGGUAGUCAUGGCAACCAGCAGACAGAGACUGGAAGAGGAAGAGAGAGAUGACGGACAGGCUGUCAUGCACCUCCCCCUGACUCCCUACUGCAGCAAGGUGUCCCCCCUCUCGCCCCGCCCCCUGGACAGCCCCCCCACCCUGCACAGUGCCAUGGACCAGGAUGGCAGUAAGCAUUGGUCUCUGAGCCCCUACCCCCAGCACAACUCCUCUAAUUCUCCAGGCAGUAAGCAGCAGGUGGAGGAGGGUGGUUCAGGGGCCGCAGCGCUGGGGACCCCAGAGAGACGUAAGGGCAGCCUGGCUGACGUGGUGGACACACUGAAACAGAGGAAGAUGGAGGAGCUCAUCAAAAAUGAACCAGAAGAAGCCCCCAGCAUUGAGAGGCUGUUGUCUAAGGACUGGAAGGACAAGCUGUUGGCCAUGGGAUCAGGACAUUUUGGAGAAAUCAAAGGUAAACAACAGUACAGUCACACUGUCUGUCUGCCUAGAGUAGGGGUAUUCAACUCGUGGCCUGGGAGCCAUUGAUGGUCCAACAUCUGAUUGAAAAUGUCCCCCCAACUCUUGUUCUUCAAUUCCUUGAAAAUAUUGAGAUACAGUAUGUGGGAAAUAGGCCUU